AUGGCUACAACUUCAGUCGAAGGUCUGUGUGGUUUUCUUCAAGCCAUGGGCAUCGAAAAUACGAGCUUUGUCUCCACAUCAACAGACCUUUAUACCAACCCACUGGCCAUCUACUUCUCGCAUCUAGCGGAACUCAUCGUACAACUCACCGAUUGUGAACAGCAGGUCGCCUACAAAUCGAUCUUCCCGAAAUCACCCCUCUUUGGACAUCCUGUCAACGAUGGAAUUAAUCUCCUGUUUUACUUCUCGAAUAGCAACCUCGCCCGUUUGCUAAUGUCCUAUGUCAUUGACCGUGGCGCUUCAUAUGGUAAUAAUCUGUUAACCGAAGCUCUGGUCGAGAAUGGUGUGGAUACGAAGGGGCAGAAGGUCAUUGUCGAGUUCUCAUCGCCAAACCUCGGAAAAGCAUUUACCGGCUUGCACUUGAGGAGUACGAUCAUUGGCGCGUUCAUCGCCUCUGUCUACGAGAGGCUGGGGUGGAACGUGACCAGAAUGACGUUUCUCGGUGACUGGGGGAAGCAUAUCGGACUUUUGGCUGCCGGCUGGUCCCGGUUUGGGUCUGACGAGCUAUUCGAUGCUGAUCCCUUGCGACAUCUGCUUGACGUCUACGCUCAGAUCGAGGAACUGUUCAAAAAGGAGCAGGAAGCUGCUAAGAAGGUUCAUGAAGGGGAAGACGACGCAGAAGUGAGCCACGAGAUCGAAGCAGAGAGAGACGAUUUCUUCAAGAAACUCGAGGACGGCGAUCCAGAUGCGCUGACCUUGUGGAAAAGGUUUCGCGAAGUCUGUAUUGAGCGGUAUACCGAGCUCUACGCCCGCCUUGGCGUCAGAUUCGACGAUUACUCAGGCGAGUCGGAUGUCUCUCACGAGGCCAUCGAAGAGGUUGAGAAUGCAUUGAAAGAGAACGGGGUCUACAGGGAGAGCGACGGUGCUUGGGUAAUUGAUAUCAGCAAGACCGACGAAAAGCAUGGAGCGGCCAUUGCGAGAUUUCGUAAUGGCACGACAACCUACUUGCUGAGGGAUAUUGCCACCGUGGUGGAGCGGAGCAAGAAAUAUUCCUUUGACAAGAUGAUCUACGUGGUCUCGGCGCGCCAGACCACUCAUUUCCAACAAGUCUUUAAGGCACUCGACUUGAUGGGUCGGUCCGAUCUGGCGCAGCGACUCGAACACAUCGGCUUUGGCGAUGUACAUGGUUUGUUGCCAAAGGAAGGAGCCAGCGGGCUCUUGCUCAGUGACAUCCUGGACCAAUGUCGAGAUGCGACCAAGCUGGCUCUGGACGCGGACGGAGAUACUCUCCAACUCUUUUCUGAGGAGGAUCCGGAGAGAGUUUUGAACGCUCUAGGUGCCAUCAAUCUUAUGGCUGAUGAUCUGUCAACCAGGCGCGGCGGUACGUUCAACUUUGACCUCAACAAACUGGCAAACCCAGGGGAUUAUACUGGUUUGAAUCUGCAGAAGUGGUACACGGGGCUCAGCUCAAAACUUAGCGGCGUGGAGAUCGACCGUGCAGAGCUGGAGAGCACAGACUACAGCAUGUUCGAAGGCGAAGACAAUGCCUACGCCGACAUUCUCAGACUUCUCGUCCAGUUCCCCGGAAUCGUGAAGACUUCUUUCGAGAAAUUGGAGUCCUCCCACAUUCUGACCUUUCUUUUCAACCUCGUCGAUCUCUUGCCAAAUGUCUGGGAAGACGAGGCUGAAGCUGAAGGUUCAUCUCGGAGCCUUGCCAAAUUGGCCUUCUACAAAUGCUUCCACGUUGUACUGGAGAACGGGAUGAGGACGCUGGGGUUGGCGCCUCUGACCGCCUGA